AUGGAUAAUGCCUUCCUCAAGGAAGAGGAACCAUGUGGGAAGAAGAGGCUACAACAACCACGGGACCCCAACCUCUCCCAGGGCUACAACGACCGGACCCCCAACCUCUCCCAGGGCUACAACGACCGGACCCCCAACCUCUCCCAGGGCUACAACGACGGGACCCCCAACCUCUCCCAGGGCUACAACGACGGGACCCCCAACCUCUCCCUGGGCUACAACGACCGGACCCCCAACCUCUCCCAGGGCUACAACAACCACGGGACCCCAACCUCUCCCAGGGCUACAACGACGGGACCCCCAACCUCUCCCAGGGCUACAACGACGGGACCCCCAACCUCUCCCAGGGCUACAACGACGGGACCCCAACCUCUCCCAGGGCUACAACAACCACGGAACCCCAACCUCUCCCAGGGCUACAACGACGGGACCCCCAACCUCUCCCAGGGCUACAACGACGGGACCCCCAACCUCUCCCAGGGCUACAACGACGGGACCCCAACCUCUCCCAGGGCUACAACAACCACGGGACCCCAACCUCUCCCAGGGCUACAACGACGGGACCCCAACCUCUCCCAGGGCUACAACGACGGGACCCCCAACCUCUCCCAGGGCUACAACGACGGGACCCCAACCUCUCCCAGGGCUACAACGACGGGACCCCAACCUCUCCCAGGGCUACAACGACGGGACCCCAACCUCUCCCAGGGCUGCAACAAUAGAGCCUGGCUAAUUUACCUCAUCAAAGACUCUAUAUUAAUUAAUCAACUGAAAAACGAGAGCUGCCGUUGUGGGGUUUUACGUCAAGAGCGCGAAAUAUAUUACAACAUGAGGAGCUACAAGAGCCAGACAAGAGCUGUGGUUGAGAGUCUAAUUACACUCUCAGAUGUCCAUUACAACCACUGUGUAAAUGGACCACCAAUGUUGACAGACAGACGCCUCUUGUGA